CAUAAACCAAACACACCCUACGUCUUCCUUCUCCCUCGGAACCUCUCUCACGAAAGCGCUCAUCAACCUCCGCUCCUGGCUGCGUUGUUGCCACCACCGGCAUCUCAGCAAUGGCGGCAGCAAGAGUGCAGCCUCCGCUCAACCCACGAGCGGCGUCGCCUUCCACGGCAGUCCCCACCUCCAACACUCAAAGCCUACAGAGCACGCCCCUCCAUACUUCCACCCCUUCCGUCCGCGCGCUGUUCCUCCGCGCCGUGGACCCCUCCCGUCCUGCCUCCUGGUCCGCCGCCGUCGCCGACCUUCUUGCUUCCGGAGACGCCGUCGCCGCUCUGGCCACCUUUGCCGCCGCUCUCCGCGCUAACCCGGCCGCGCUCCUCCCGGCCCUUCCCCCCGCCUUCCGCGCAGCUGCCGCCGCCACCUCGCUCGUCGCCGGCCGCCAGCUACACCUCCUUGCCCUCCGUUCCGGUCUCUUUCCCUCCGAUCCCUUCUCCGCCUCCGCUCUUCUCCACAUGUACCACCACUGCUGCCGCCCCCUCGACGCCCGCAAGGCGUUCGAUGAAAUUCCCAGCCCCAACCCUGUCAUUAUCACAGCCAUGUGCUCUGGCUACCUGCGAAACAAUCUAGUCUACCCCUCGCUCGCUCUCUUCCGCGACUUGCUCACAUCUGGUUCUGCCAUGGCGGUGGACGAGGCGGCUGCACUCGUGGCGUUCUCCUCGUCGGCCCGUGUCCCUGUCCGCGGAAUUACUGCUAGCCUUCAUGCGCUUAUUGUGAAGAUUGGCCUGGACGUGGAUGCUGGGGUGGUCAACACGAUGUUAGACGCUUAUGCCAAAGGCGGUGGUCGUGACCUGCCGGCUGCGAGGAAGGUGUUUGAUACCAUGGAGAAGGAUGUCGUGUCCUGGAAUACGAUGAUUGCGCUGUAUGCUCAGAAUGGGUUGUCGGCGGAGGCCCUCGAGCUGUAUUGCAAGAUGCUGAAUGUUGGUGGAGGCAUUAGGUACAAUGCUGUGACGUUCUCUGCUGUGUUACUGGCUUGCGCGCAUGCUGGGACGAUACAGACUGGAAAGCGUGUUCAUAAUCAGGUGGUAAGAAUGGGUUUGGAGGAAAAUACCUAUGUUGGAACUUCUGUAGUUGAUAUGUACAGCAAGUGCGGAAGAGUGGAAAUGGCAAGAAAAGCUUUCGGCAAAAUUAAGGAGAAGAAUGUCCUUUCAUGGUCUGCCAUGAUUACUGGUUAUGGUAUGCACGGUCAUGGACAAGACGCCCUUGAAGUUUUCAAUGAGAUGUGCAGAUCGGGGCAAAACCCUAACUACAUAACUUUUAUCUCGGUUUUAGCUGCUUGCAGUCAUGCUGGUCUUUUAGAUAUGGGCCGUUAUUGGUACAAAACCAUGAAGAAUAAGUUUGGGGUUGAACCUGGAGUGGAACACUACGGAUGCAUGGUGGAUCUUCUUGGCCGCGCCGGUUGUCUUGAUGAGGCUUAUGGCCUCAUUAAAGAAAUGAAGGUUAAACCUGAUGCUGCUAUCUGGGGAGCUCUUCUUAGUGCAUGUCGAGUCCAUAAAAAUGUUGAGCUGGCAGAAAUUUCUGCGAAAAGAUUGUUUGAGUUGGAUGCAACCAACAGUGGGUACUAUGUUUUAUUGUCCAAUAUAUAUGCAGAAGCUGGAAUGUGGAAAGAUGUGGAGAGAAUGAGAGUUCUGGUUAAAACAAGAGGAAUAGAAAAGCCUCCAGGGUAUAGCUCAGUUGAAUUGAAAGGUAAAACCCAUGUGUUUUAUGUUGGCGACACGAGUCAUCCUCAGCACAAGGAGAUCUAUUCUUAUUUGGGGAAACUGCUUGACAUAGCGCAAAAGGCAGGCUAUGUACCAAACACGGGCUCUGUUCAUCAUGAUUUGGAUGAAGAGGAGAAAGAAUCUGCGUUGCGCAUCCAUAGUGAAAAGCUUGCCGUUGCUUUUGCUCUGAUGAACUCUAUCCCGGGUUCAGUAAUCCAUGUGAUAAAGAAUCUCCGGGUCUGUACUGAUUGCCAUGCAGUAAUCAAGUUUAUUUCCAAGUCCGCUGAACGAGAAAUUAUUGUUAGAGAUUUACAGCGCUUUCAUCAUUUCAAGGAUGGAUCAUGCUCUUGUGGAGAUUAUUGGUGAUAGGGUCGUGCAAGAGGGCUGAGGUCGUGAUACCAUCUUCGUUGUCCGUCAUACCACCGUGGUAUUAUGUACAGGUCGAUUUAUUUCCAAGACAUAUUUUGUUACACCUCAUCUCGAUUAGGCUAAUGACAUUGCCUUGCUGCCCUGAACACUGGGAACUUAGAAGAUUUUAUAGCUUGGCAUAAAUCAAAAACUUACGCCUUUUCUGUAAGAUCUGCAUACUAUAAUGAAUGGCACAACAAGUUGGUUCAAGGAGACGUCGAUCGGAUGGACAAGGCAGCUUGAGGCUGAACCCAGUAUGGGAGAUCCCCUAUGGAACUUACAUGUCCCCAGCAAGGUAUUUUUUCCUAUGGAGGGCUCUUCACAGUGUGAUACCGGGGAUGAUUGUUCUUGCAGGUAGGCUUAUCAAGACCUCACCCCAAUGUCCCAUCUGCUGCUGGGGAGCCAAGGAUAUAAAGCACCUGAUGUUCACGGGCGGCGUGGCAUGCGAGGAAGGUUUGGCAAGCGCAGGGACUUGAGGUGUUCAUCAAACAAGCAACGCAGAUUGAUCGAUCACGGGUCAGUGAUGCUUGAGGAAAUUUUGAGUACUGUCAAAGAUUCAGCGGUUAUGGGUCUGUACGGUGUACAGAAGACGAUUGCUGUAGGGGCAUGGUAUAUCUUGUGGCAGCGACAGGAGGUUGUUAAUGGAGGAAAGGUGGAACCUGCUAAGUCAACUGUGUUUGCAAUUCAGGCUAUUAGCGGGAACUAUGCAAAAGCUCUGAGCAGUUCACAACCAGCCCUGAUACGAUGAGGGAAGCCUCCAUGGAAUUCUUAUAAACUGAAUGUGGAUGCAUCAUCAUACUUUGAAAAUGGAACAGGGGCAGCAGCUGCGGUCCUCCGCAAUGAUCAUGGUGAACCGGUCACUGGGCUCUUGAUCACAUGUUGGACUCGGCCACGGUGGAGGCGACCGCUAUCCAGAAGGGCCCGGAACUGGUUGAAAACUUGGGAUGUAACACCAUCAUCGUCGAGCCUGACUGCCUGGAAGUGAUUCAAGCAUGCAAUGGUUUGUUUGGUCAAGGUAUUUAAGUGAUCAUGUUUAAUUCUAAUUCUCCUGUGUAUUGGGAUGAUGAACCCCUUAGCUAUGUUUUAUCGAAUGAUAAACGUGUACUGCGACCUGAUCGACUGAAGUCCACCAAGUGGCUUCCCCAAAAGAAACUGUUUGUCAA